CGUAGCAACCGACAACGGCCGGGAAAGGGGCGUUUCGGAGGGAGCCGCGCUAGACGCUUCGCUCCGUUACUACGGACCCACUCGGGGCGGCGGAGCAGGUUGCUGCGCGGCCGCCGGCGUCCGGGACACGGGAGCGGGGAUCGAACCCACAACCUCGGCGUACUGGGAAGACGCUCCCGCCAGCGGCAAUACUCAGCCAGGGCCCCGAAGAGACGCAGCCUCCUUGCUGGGCCUGGGCCUUGGGCUGGCUCCCCUUAACCCGCCUCCCUGGCCCCCUCGGCCGCCUGUUCCAGGGCAGAGCAGACUCGGGUCCCCAACGGCCUCCGGCUUUCAGAAGGCAGACAUGGCAGCGGCGUCCUCCCAGCGCAAGAGGGCGAGUCCCAAGCCCGAGCUGACCAAGGAGCAGAUCCAGGAGAUCCGGCAGGCGUUCGACCUCUUUGACACAGAUGCCACUGGGACCAUCGACGUCAAGGAGCUGAAGGUGGCGAUGAGAGCCCUGGGCUUUGAGCCCAAGAAAGAAGAGAUUAAGAAAAUGAUCGGUGACAUUGACAAGGAGGGGACCGGGAAGAUGAACUUCAAUGACUUCCUGACGGUGAUGACGCAAAAAAUGUGCGAGAAAGACACCAAGGAGGAAAUCCUGAAGGCGUUCAAGCUCUUCGACGACGACGAGACCGGCACCAUCUCCUUCAACAACCUGAAGCGCGUGGCCAAGGAGCUGGGCGAGAACCUCACGGACGAGGAGCUGCAGGAGAUGAUCGACGAGGCCGACCGCGACGGCGACGGGGAGGUCAGCGAGCAGGAGUUCCUGCGCAUCAUGAAGAAGACCAGCCUCUACUGAGCCUCCUCCUCUCCUCUCUCCUCUCCCCUCCUCUCCUCUUCGCUGGGAGCACCGUUCCCGUGAGCGUCUUCUCCUCUCCUCGCUGCGAGCACCGUUCCCGUGAGCGUCUUCUCCUCCUCGCUGCGAGCACCGUUCCCGUGAGCGUCUUCUCCUCCUCGCUGGGAGCACCGUUCCCGUGAGCGUCUUCUCCUCUUCGCUGGGAGCACCGUUCCCGGGAGCGUCUUCUCUCCUCUUCGCUGGGAGCACCGUUCCCGGGAGCGUCUCCUCCUCUUCGCUGGGAGCACCGUUCCCGUGAGCGUCUUCUCCUCUUCGCUGGGAGCACCGUUCCCGUGAGCGUCUUCUCCUCCUCGCUGCGAGCACCGUUCCCGUGAGCGUCUUCUCCUCUUCGCUGGGAGCACCGUUCCCGGGAGCGUCUCCUCCUCGCUGCGAGCACCGUUCCCGUGAGCGUCUUCUCCUCUUCGCUGGGAGCACCGUUCCCGGGAGCGUCUCCUCUCCUCGCUGGGAGCACCGUUCCCGGGAGCGUCUCCUCCUCUUCGCUGGGAGCACCGUUCCCGUGAGCGUCUUCUCCUCUCUUCGCUGCGAGCACCGUUCCCGUGAGCGUCUUCUCCUCCUCGCUGGGAGCACCGUUCCCGGGAGCGUCUUCUCCUCUCUUCGCUGCGAGCACCGUUCCCGUGAGCGUCUUCUCCUCUCUUCGCUGGGAGCACCGUUCCCGGGAGCGUCUUCUCCUCCUCGCUGGGAGCACCGUUCCCGUGAGCGUCUUCUCCUCUCCUCGCUGCGAGCACCGUUCCCGUGAGCGUCUUCUCCUCCUCGCUGGGAGCACCGUUCCCGGGAGCGUCUUCUCCUCUCUUCGCUGGGAGCACCGUUCCCGGGAGCGUCUUCUCCUCUCCUCGCUGGGAGCACCGUUCCCGGGAGCGUCUUCUCCUCCUCGCUGGGAGCACCGUUCCCGUGAGCGUCUUCUCCUCUCCUCGCUGCAAGCACCGUUCCCGUGAGCGUCUUCUCUCCUCUUCGCUGCGAGCACCGUUCCCGUGAGCGUCUUCUCCUCUUCGCUGCGAGCACCGUUCCCGUGAGCGUCUUCUCUCCUCUUCGCUGCGAGCACCGUUCCCGUGAGCGUCUUCUCCUCUCUUCGCUGGGAGCACCGAUCCCGUGAGCGUCUUCUCCUCUCCUCGCUGGGAGCACCGUUCCCGUGAGCGUCUUCUCCUCUCCUCGCUGGGAGCACCGUUCCCGGGAGCGUCUUCUCCUCUCCUCGCUGGGAGCACCGUUCCCGGGAGCGUCUUCUCCUCUCCUCGCUGGGAGCACCGUUCCCGGGAGCGUCUUCUCCUCUCUUCGCUGGGAGCACCGUUCCCGGGAGCGUCUUCUCCUCUCUUCGCUGGGAGCACCGUUCCCGUGAGCGUCUUCUCCUCCUCGCUGGGAGCACCGUUCCCGGGAGCGUCUUCUCCUCUCUUCGCUGGGAGCACCGUUCCCGGGAGCGUCUUCUCCUCUCUUCGCUGGGAGCACCGUUCCCGGGAGCGUCUUCUCCUCCUCGCUGGGAGCACCGUUCCCGUGAGCGUCUUCUCCUCUCCUCGCUGCAAGCACCGUUCCCGUGAGCGUCUUCUCUCCUCUUCGCUGCGAGCACCGUUCCCGUGAGCGUCUUCUCCUCUUCGCUGCGAGCACCGUUCCCGUGAGCGUCUUCUCUCCUCUUCGCUGCGAGCACCGUUCCCGUGAGCGUCUUCUCUCCUCUUCGCUGCGAGCACCGUUCCCGUGAGCGUCUUCUCCUCUCCUCGCUGGGAGCACCGUUCCCGUGAGCGUCUUCUCCUCUCCUCGCUGGGAGCACCGUUCCCGUGAGCGUCUCCUCCUCUUCGCUGGGAGCACCGUUCCCGGGAGCGUCUUCUCCUCUUCGCUGGGAGCACCGUUCCCGUGCCCGCUGCUGUGCGGACCUGGCUUUUGGGAGCACAGAUGUUUCUUCCCCACUAACCUCCCUGCACAGCUUUAGUAACAACCUCACACCCGCUUUCAGCUUUUGCAACUGUUCUCGGAAAAGUUCUUUGUGAGGUGACCUGCUGCUUCCGUUAAUUCUCCGGAAAAGAACAAGAGCUCAUCGGAGGGCUCACCCACCCGCCGUUCCGCCUUGUGCUGCUUCCCUCUGGCAUGAGCCCACCUUAUGGCGCCACAGAAAGACGUCGCAGGCAGACACACGUCGUAACUUUGUCACCACAGACAGCAGGCAUCUCUACGACGGUUCUGGUUUGAAUCGACACCUGAGUGCAGCUUUCUCUUUUAAAAGAUCCAGUGAACUCUCUCACUUGCAAUUGAAUAUUUUUUUCCUAUGUUUUGUGUUAAAAUAAAGCCUAAAAAAAAAAAAAAA